AAAUGAACAAGAACCUAGGACCUGACAGAUAUUACAGUUUUGAAGGAGACCAACAAAGGAACGAUAGAGAAGACAAGUAUUUUGGAAAUACGAAGAGACAGAUUAAUAUGCAACUGGGCGUGGAUAGUAAGGAAGUACCGAAUGAGCUAAGUUCGGAGGAUUUUAGUGAAGAAGGGAAUAAUAGUUUUCUUAUCACUGGGAAGAGUAGUUGAAAGGGAAGUAAUGACUCCUAUCGUCAGCCAUACAACUGAGAUUUUCGGAAAAGUAAGAAUCAACGAACUAAUUUUGAAAAAUUAAAAGAAAGUUUGGAGAUGAAUUAUAAUCAGAGCAGAAGAAUAGAAGCUCAAGACAUUGUAAAUUUUGAAAAAGAGUCAGAGAAAUCAGCAAGUGAUUACACCCAUCGACUAGGCCCAAACUCUAAUUUCAACUUAAAUAAGAUUAGAGUCAACCAACCAGAUUCUCAAGAAAGUAUGGAGAAUUAUGAGUACCAAAAUGAGAUCGGGGCACCAAUGCAAUAAACCUCGAAAACACCUCCGACUCCUUCCAACAAUACAACGACGAACUAAACUCCCUCUCCAGCCCCUCCUCCAAAUCCCCAUCCCCCUCGAUCCCUAAAGCCACUAUCCACAUCACCAC